AUGUCUUUGUUUAGACCUACCUUCUCAAAUGAGUUCAACAAAUCAGACAUCGAUGAGCUUAGGUGGGUGAUUCACAUCCGGCAAACCCUAGAAGAAGAGCUUGACGAAGAAGAUGAUGGCGAAUUCCUUGAGUCUAUUUUCAACGUUCCCAAGUCCCUUAUGACCAUUGAUCCAGAUUCUUAUAUCCCGAAACAGAUUGCAAUUGGUCCUUACCAUUGUUGGCGUCCACAGCUGAGGGAUACGGAGAGGGCCAAACUUGCUGCAACAAAAAGACUUCAAAAGAAGCUUCAGAUUAGCCUCAACUUAGAACAUCUUGUUGACCAACUGAGAAAAUAUGAGCAUAGGAUUAGAGCCUAUUACCACAAGUACUUAAAUUUCAAUGGCGAAACCUUAGUGUGGAUGAUGGUUAUUGAUGCCUCCUUCCUCCUUGAGUUUCUUCAAGAAGGAAGAGUGAUGGAUUAUGGUUGGAGGAAAUUAGGUCAUAAUGAAAUCCUAAGGGACAUACUAAUGCUUGAGAAUCAGAUCCCAUUAUUUGUUUUGAGAAAAGUUUUAGAGUUGAAAUUAUCAUCAAUAGAAUCAGCGGAUGAUAUGCUUCUUGCUAUGUUGAUAGGGUUCUUUAAAGAAAUUUCCCCUUUUAAGACUAUUAAAGAAAAUUUCCCAGAGAUCUAUCAGGUUUCGCAAUUUGCACAUUUGUUAGAUUUCUUGUACAAUAUGACUGUGCCCAAAUUAGAAGAACAGCCAAAUAUGAUUGACUUUGACGACCAUAAUAGAGACAUGGAAGGAAAUGAAAAAUCCAUUGUGAGAUAUGCCUUGAUUGGAAUGAUAAAACACUCUUUGGAAUACUUGUUUUUCUCAGAAGAGAAAGAGCAACAAAAACCCGAAAUUGUCGAUCUCAAACAACCACCAUUGAUGGAGGAAAUCGUUAUCCCUUGUGUUACAGAACUCUCAAACUCUGGAAUUUGCUUCUCACCCACUAAUGGAGCAAUUCAAAGAAUCAGAUUCGAUGCAGAAACAACCACACUGCACCUUCCCACAAUAGCCAUAGACAUCAACAGUCAAGUGUUGCUCAGAAACUUGGUUGCUUAUGAAGCAUCAAUUGCAUGUGGGCCACUUGUUUUCACAAGAUACACAGAAUUUAUGAAUGGGAUUAUAGAUUCUGGGGAAGAUGCCAAGAUACUGAGAGAAAAAGGGAUUGUUCUGAACCACCUGAAUAGUGAUGAACAAGUGGCUAACCUAUGGAAUGGGAUGGGUAGAUCCAUUGAAUUGACAAAAGUACCAUUCUUGGACAAGGUCAUUGAAGAUGUGAACGAGUACUAUAAUGGUAGGAUGAGCGUUAAAGCUUGGAGAUUUAUGAAGCUUUAUGUGUUUGAUUCAUGGCAGUGUCUGACAUUUCUAGUUGUCGUAUUCAUAUUUAUCUUGAUGUUCUUGCAAGCUUUCUGCUCUUUCUAUGGAUGCAAUCGCAGAAAUCAUGUUAAGGCUAGGUGA